AUGGACAAUGCAAAUCCAAACCAGCUACUUCUUCUCAUGGCCUUACAAGCUCAGCAGCAACAAGCUGCUCAGCAACAGUCCCAACAGAACCAACAGCAAAAGCUGCUCCAGCAACAAAUGGCAGAAAUGGCCAAGAAGGCGGCAGCAGCCGCCGUUAAGCCUUCAACAUCUUCUGUAGCCUCCACGUCUUCUGGAGCCACACCUUCUAAGCCAUCGACGUCUUCUGGAGCCUCCAAACCUUCCCCAGCAAUGAACGCCGCGCAACAACAAAUGUCCCAGAUGCUUCAAAUGGCUCAGAUGGGAAUGGUUCUGAAUGCGUUCCAACAUCAACAGCAGAUGCAGCAGAAGCCAAAAUCAGCGGCAAAUGGGACACCGAGAAAAGCAGUUGCCACGACUACUCCGACGACGUCGAAGGCUCCUUCAACAUCUUCUGGAGCUUCUUCAUCGCCAGCUAUGACUCCAGAACUUGCCAUGGCAUGGCAGGCGCUUCAGUUUCAAGCUCUAAUGAAUGCCAACAAAAACCAGCCGAAGAAUCAGCCCGCUAGCUCGACUCCACAAUCUGCGAGCUCCAAAAAAGUCGAAGAUGAUUUGGUGAAGAAGAUGGUGGAAAGUGCGGUGAAGAAAGCAGCGGCUUCUGGAGCUACAAAGGUGGCAACGACGCCUUCUACAUCUUCUGGACCAUCCACGUCUUCGGGACCAGCCCCAACGAACAAUCUGAUGCAGAGCAUGAUGUUCCAAGCGUUGAUGCAACAAAUGCAACAGCAACAGAAGCAGCAGCAAGUCAAGGAGAAUGCCAAGAAAGCGGUAAGAGAAAAAGGGGAUACUGAACAAGCAAAAAAGGCGAAAGAAGCUGUAGCUGCUAAAGAAGCCGCGAAACAAGAAACUAAGCUAAAAGAAGAGAAAGCCAAGAAAGCAGAGCAUGUGAUGAAAAUGAUCAUGGCGAACCAUCAGCUUCAGAUGCAGAAGCUCAAGAAGAAGCAACACGAAGAGCACACCGAGCUGUCGGCGAAGAUUAGUCAGGCACACAAAGACGCGAUGGAAGGAGACGAUCCAGAAGAGCAGAAGAAGACGUUGGAAGCGAUGCUUCGACUGCCGAUUCAGUUGGGUUGGAGACGACAGACAGUUGUGAAGAGCAUCGCUGCGUCGGGUGUCAAAGGAGACGUCGCGUAUUUUGCACCGGAUGGAAAGAAGAUGAGCACCUAUUCGGAGGCUGUUAGGUACCUCGCCAAAAACGGACUGGACUUCUUGUCCCGCGAAAAUUUCCUCUUCAACACUCGCUUCAACAUUGGCGAAUUCAUAGUUCAAAACCAAACGGAAGGUGCAGACCCCGCGCGUCAAGAAAAAGAGUAUGUCAGUUUUAAAGAGGAGGAUAUCAAUAAGGAAUUGGCAAGGCUGAACCUAUUGAAAUACGCGCCAAAAAUACAUCUGAUGCCGUCAACGUCAUCUGGAGUCCCUGAAGAAGAUGUGAAGGUUAUUCCGAGAUAUGAGCCACCUGAGGAACCACUGGAUCCAGCGGAUCUCAACGAUGAAUUCGCCGAGGAGCAGAUGCAUAGCCAAAUGAUGUCGAAUGGAAUGCAAAUGGAGGUUCGGGAUCGGGAAUCUGACGACUUGCUGGUCAAUUUUCAUGAUAUUGGGCAUUUGCCAGAAUUUGCCAGAAUCGAAAAUCAAUGUUUGGAUGCUCAAGGAUUCGCUGACGCCCUAAUGAUUCAUGAAUUUAUUCAAAACUUUGGGCAUGUUCUAGGAAUUGAUCUUGAAACGACACCAAAAUUGGAGGCACUGUGUGCUGGACUGGCUGGCGACGCGGCUCAUUCGGACUCGUUUUUGCAGUUGACUAGGCAACUAUUACGGUUGGCGCUGGAGUUUCCCGGAAUGGGAAACGAGAAAAGAUUCGGUCAAGGCGGCGGCGAGAUGGGCCUGGACCGUGAGAACUUCUCCGAAGUUCUUCGUAUCUUUCUUCUCGACAAGGGAAAACGUGGCGCAGAACUCUCACAACCUCUGCUCUCCUCCAACUUCCUCUCCCUCACCGGCGAACAAAAAGCUGCGAUCCUCGCAUUCCUAUGUGAUGAAUUGGUGUGCUCCCGGAAUGUGGUCACCGAGAUUGACAGGAAUUUGGAAGAGGUUUCUAGACUAAAAGGAGAGAAAUGGAUGAGAGAAGGAAAGGCAAGAGCAUUGAGACAAGCGAGGAGCAAUAAGAAGAAAAUGGAUGAAAAAGUGGUUAAGGAGGAGGUCGUCAGCAAUAUGGAGACAGAUUCUGAGCCACCGACCAGGCCAGUGACACCCAAGAAGAAUGGCAAUGGAGUCGCCGCUACUUCUCCUCAGGCUAAUGGAGCUCCGGGAGCUCCAGGAUCCCAAGCUCUAGCCCCCGUUCCAGGAGCUCAAGCUCAAUCUCAAGUCCGAAAAUUCACGCCAGGACUCGGCCAAUGCGAGGUGCUCACCGAGCAAGAAGAAUCCAUGUCGCUUGAUCAGAUGGAUGGUCUGAUCGAAGAUCUUCAUCAGGAGUCCCUAAACAUCAAUAGGAAGAUCCACGAUACCAAUCAGAAGAUCCGAUCCUUCCCAUUCGGAGCCGACAGAUUCCAUAGAAACUACUGGAUGCUAGCUCACACCGACGCGGUGCUCGUCGAAUCGCUGGAAUCUUCUGGAGUCAACAAUCCAGCAUGCACGGCUUCAGAGUAUGCAUCUAGGGAUCCCCCAUACCUGGAAGAUAGAUUGACAGAGGGCGCUUGCGCAGGAAUCGACAUCGAUGUAAUCGCUUUUGUCGAGGAUCUGGUCGACGAGGUUAUAUUCCAAAGGGCCAAGGCGGAUAAGAAGAUCAGAAAGAGAUACAGGAGGAUUGAGAAUCCAACAAAGCGGGGUUGGUGGACAGUACCUAGUAAAGAUUCUCUAGAAUCACUUCGAUCGUGCAUGCUGAGUCGAGGAAUCCGAGAAAGAGCUCUUCAUCGACUCCUCUCCAAACCUUGGUUCCUAAACGAUCUGAAAUUCGGAACCAUCACCUUGGAAAAAGUAUUGGAGCCCGUGGAUUUGGAGCUAAUUGGAAUCCAGGGAUGGAAUAGGUUGAAUCAAGCUAUCGACAAGUUGAGAGCGCAUAUGAAGAUGACAGAUAUCUCGGUAUCAAAUUCGGAUGUAGCUAAACCGGUGGUGGUCCCAACUACAAUGGCACUGGCGCAGAUUGUCAAGGAUGGUGUUGCUUGGAAAGUUCUGGACCCUCAAGAUGGUGGCGACGAGAGCCUUGACGAGUUCAUGAUUCGCCAGAAAAUUCUGGAGACUGCUGAAAUGGUGGACGCGAAGUAUUGGCGUCCUCGGUUCCGUAUUCCGGAAGGAGCGGAGACCUGUCAGUUGUUUGAGGAUUGGAAGGAGUACGUCAGAGAGGAGGCGACGACGACUAGUCAGCUGAUGGUGGCACUGCAGGCGCUCGAAGGAAUGAUUAUGUGGGAGCGGUCGUCGAGAGAAGCACUUUGUCAGAUUUGUAAAAGUAUGGAUGGUGAUGAGAUGUUGGUGUGUGAUGGUUGCGAGAGUGGAUGUCAUAUGGAGUGCUUUAGGCCCCGCAUGACAAAAGUGCCCGACGGCGAUUGGUUCUGCCAAAAGUGUCGUCAAGAGAAGUCUGGCAAGCCCCUUUGUAUGUUCUGCACCCGUGAAACUGGCCACCUCCAUCAAUGCAAUCGUUGUGCAUACCACGUCCAUGAGGAAUGCGCACGAGACGGACCAAAAGAGACUAUCAAUCGAGACACUUUUAUCUGUCCCCACUGCCAAGAUAUCAAACAGAUGCGAUUCGCGAAACGAGUCAUGUUGCGAAGCGAAUCGGAGGAGCGGGAGAUGGAAGAGGAGGAGAAGAAGAAGCAGCAAGUGGAGAAGACGCCCGCUGAAAAUAACACUGAAAAUAAAAAUGGAGUCAUGGAAAAGAGGGGCGGAGCCAUAGGCGGCACCUUGAAACGAAAAAUUGAGCCAAUUGUGAAUGGAGGAAUGCCGAAAACAAUGACUAGAGAGUUGUGCCUUCUGAUGUUGGAUGAGCUGGUUGCUCAGCCUAGUGCACAGCCUUUCCUGGAGCCUGUCAAUCCUAAACUGGUACCAGGAUAUAAGAUGGUUAUCGCAAAGCCGAUUGAUUUGAGAACGAUUCGACAGAAGAAUGAGAAGGCGAUAUACGAAACUCCAGAAGACUUUGCCGAAGACGUCGAGCUGAUGUUUGCCAACUGCCGUCAAUUCAAUAUCGAUCAUUCAGAAGUGGGACGUGCCGGCAUGAAUCUCAAUAAAUUCUUCCAUAAACGAUGGAAGCAACUGAAAUACAACUUCAUCAAACGACUCCGACGUGUCAAUCGACAGAGCUAA